UUUAUGUUAUUUGACUCCACGCUCCACGAACAUCCUGCAUAUUAUCCUAGUUCUGCGGAUUUGCUGACGUGUCGACUAGAUCUGCCCAUGCUCAGGCAGAAUUCAGCCAUAAUCAAGCCAACCACUAUGGCUACAGUCGUAUCGCAUUUAUAUUGCUUUAUUUUAUUCCUUCAAAUAUUUAUUUCAAAUGUCAGUCUUGAUAGACGGUUUUCGGACUUCAAACGAUGUGCCGACGACGAAUGCAGUAUGCUUCUGUGUCGGGGGAAAGCCUCAGAUGACUUCUCCGGACCAGACUGUAGGUUCCUAUCUUUCAGGAAAGGGGAGACGAUAUAUGUGUACUAUAAACUCUCAGGACAGAGGUCGGAUCUGUGGGCAGGAAGUGUUGGUAGCCGUUUUGGCUAUUUCUCUAAGGACCUGCUCACCAUUAACCACAUAUACACUACUAAGGAAAUAGACAUUCCUGCUGAGGAAACUGAUUUUGUUUGUUUCGAGAAUGGACAGGAUAAGUUUGAUAGUUAUGAUGUAGACCAGUUGUUGACAAACAAUCAAGCUCAAGCAGCGAGUAAAUAUGCAUCUGUGGAAUCCGCUGAAAUCAGAGACACUCAGAUUGUUACUGAAGAAGGGGUGUCAUCUCAGGAUGAGACGACAUCAGAGAAUGACCAGAGUGUCAACGAGGAAAGUGAGCACGUCAUAAAGGAACCUGAUCCAGAGGAAGUGUCACUGGGCCCCAGCGACACAGUUCACUCAGAUGGUGAGGAGGCGGCCAAUACGUCUGUGUCUACAGCUGACAAUCAUAUUGAAGACCCUGCACUGGAGAGUGAAACUGUCACAUCAGAUCCCCUUCAGGAAGACACCAAAAGUUCCUCCUCUGAAACAUCGGAGGACCACCUUCCCAGAGAUGAUCCUGAAAUCAAACCCAUCAGUAACCAUGUCACUGAGGGAGUGGUUGUCCCUGAGCUGAAGACCACUCUUGGGCACACUUUUGAAGCGGUGGUCACAGAUGAUGAGGACACUCUGAAAGUAACGUCUGACUCUGAUGAACAGGAAGCUGAGGAUGGUGACAUGCCUGAAGAAACCAAGGAUGAGGCAAAACAUGACUCUGAAAAACCACCAUUUCCGUCAGACACUGAUUAUCAUGCUUUUAUGGAGAAGUACAGAGAGAGACUGGCCUUUGAACCGCCAAAAGAACCACUAUUAUCAGAUCUGACCAACCAUGCACAAUGGGAGGAACAUGCGAUGAAAGUGGACGAGAAAUUGAGGGAGUUUCGAUUUCAGGAGGCCCAGCGUGCUUUAUUUGAGGAAGAGCAGGAUGAGGACGACCUGGAGGAUGAUGCCAAAGUUGUUGAGACCAAAGGGAAGGAACAAGAUCAGGAACAACAAACAGAAGUGAUCACCUCCAAGCUUCAUGCUCCAGCCGAUCCAGAAGUCCCCAACCCAGAUGUCCCAGGUGAUACUGAACCACUGGAUGACGAGUUGAUCUUUGAAGAAGCGGAUGAAUCCAUAUCUGAGGAAGAGGCACAUGAUCAAUCCACUGAGGAGGCACCAUCUUCUCAAGCUGAUGAAUUGGAAGACGAUGAGAAUACUGACCCUGCUCAGUUACCUGUGCAGCCCCAGGAUGCACCUUCAGAGAGUUCAGCAGAGGCUGAAAGCUCUGGUAAAGUAACAGAACUCGAAUAUGACAGCAAAAUCACCGAACAGAUAGCCAAGGUUAAAACUGAGUUAACUGGUAUAGCUGAUUCUUGGGACAUUGAGCAUGCACACCAACCAUCUGAAGAUGAAGAGGAAGAGGAAACAAAAGAUCUGGAAGAAAAUCUGGAUCCCGUAGAAUUACUUGAAGAUGAAAAUGCUCUGCAGUCAUCCUUAGCUGACGAACCGGAGGAAGGUGAAAAAGGGGACCUGACCCCUGGGGCCAUAAGAGCUCCUGCCAUCCCAGACAUUGCACCAUCACCAACUCCCAGCCCUGUAGAACCCGACUCCGGAACCACUGAAGUAGAACCCAACUCUGGAACCGCUGAAGUAUCACCCAUUGUCGAAUCAAGUAAUAUCAGUGAUACAGGAAAUAACAUAAACACUACAGAUCAUGAGAGUUUCACUACUGAUGCAGAUGAGCCAGAAUACAGCGACCGUGUUCUCAGGCUGACUCUCAUUAGGGACCACUUCAAAGAGCAGGACAUGGAACUUUUCCAGAAAUUUCUGGGGUUGAAACACUUAUUACGGAUUGAGGCCAUGUUUAACGAUCUUGAGGAAGAGCUGAAGUCUGCCAGGUCAUCUCAGACAGACAGCAGUGAGGACAUUGAGAGGACCCUGGAGGCAAUCCUAGAGACCUCUGAGACCUCCAUCCUGGAUGAGAUCGAAAAGAUGCUGGACAGCAGAGAUCAGAGAAACUCUGACCUGGAGGAAAUUGAUGCUGGCAUGUUUGAUGAAGAAGCUGCCAUCCUUGAUGACUUCCAGGAGCUGGCAUUCACCUUGAGAAAGAAGUACUCUGCAGCUAGUGACACGGCGCCACUGGUCACUAAAGCUCAACCAGAAGCUGUCACAGAAGAAAUAAACCCAUAUAAUGUUGUUGAAGACCCUGUGAACAACUUAACUGUGACAGAACCUGGUGAAGGCAGUGACAUCAGAAAAGAGGAGCACCAACACAGCCUAUCAGAACCAAGCACCCGCAGCGACAUGCCUCACAAUUCAGACUUGGACAUUGAGGAGGAUGGGGGGCACAGAAACAAAGACAGCCAGGCAAGCCCAAAGGAGCCAGAGGAAAUCCAGAGAGGUCCGCAGCCUAUUUUGGAAAAUCCUUUGGAUGUGGGUUUUGGCUUUGAGGUGGAACAUCCGUCCUCAGGUUCAAUUGAACAUGGCGUUUCAGAUUUCCAUGAGGAUGGGACUAAAAGCGAUGCCAGCUCCACAUCAGUUUAUGCUGAAAUGAGCAGUACUCUGCAGUUGAUUCAUCUCUAUCUUGGACUGUAUACCGAAGCGCUGGUUGCCUCCCUGCCCGACGAAUGGAGGCCAGAGCCCACUUUCCACGGGCUUUCCUGGGAGCCUGUGAUGUGGACAGUGGCUGUGGGGAUUCUCACAUUUGUUGCGUUCGUCUGGAGGACUAUUCUUGCUAUAAGAAGCAGAAUGUACCAAAUAACAGAAAAACAACUGGCACACAGAAUUAAGAAACUGCUCGAUGAGAAAUGUGAGGCCUUGACAGUAAUAUCGGAUUUGCAGAAGCGGGAGAAAGAGUGGGAAGAACGACUUAAAGAUUCUGAGCAGUCCCAGAAAUCCUUGGUACAUGAAAAUAAAGUGAACAAGAAAGUUUUAGAAGAGAUGAGAGGAGAACAAAAGAGCUUGACAGACAAAAUCAAGGUACUGGAACCGAAGCUUCAAGCUGAGCAGAAGAACAUGCAGGACAUGAAGGAAACGCUUUCAUACUCCAGCGGGAGAGUGGACGUACUUCAACAGACCAUUGCAUCCUACCAGGAGGAGCAGGCACAGCUUCAGGUUCUGAUCGAUGAAGCAAAGCUCCGAGAGGAUGUCUUUAAAGCAAAGAUGAAGGCCUCUGACAAGGACGCUGCCGCAUUGAAAGAGCUGAAGAACUCUAUGCAACAUGAACUCAAGGAAUGGGAAGAGAAGCAUAAAGAUCUGAAUGAGAAGAUCAAGGUUUUCCAGAAAUCCCAGAAAGACCUGGAGGACGCCCUUGCACAUAAGGAAAACGAGAUUGAUAUUAUGUCUGACUGCAUUGCUGAGCUGAAGUCCUUGGGGGCUCUUGAGGCUGACGAUUCUCAUGGUGACAAGGCUUUGGCCAAUGGUGAAGCCUCUGCCAAGAAGAAUGAGACCAUGAAAGCCCACAUCAAACAGAUGAUGGACGUCUCAAGGGUCAAAGCCACUCUCUCUGUCAUUGAGGAUGAGCGAAACCGCUUCUUGGCAAAGCUGCUGGAGGAGGGCAAGACCAGACAGACUCUCGAGGAACAAAUCCAGAAGCUGGAACAUGCCCGGUCCGCGCUGGAGAAUGACAAAGGCCAGCUGGAGAGCCAGCAGAAGACCCUGGAGCAGAAGCUCGAGAUCAUGAGUGAGAUGUACCAGCAGAAGGAAAACGCUUUGCACCAGAAGUUGACUCGGGAGGAGCUUGACAGGAGGGAGAAGGAGAGCAAGCUGUCUGAGGUCGACAAGAAGACUGUCAAAGCGGAGGAAGAAGUUGAGAUACAUAGGCGCCGCAUUCAGGAGAUGGAGGAUGAGAUGCAGAAAGGCGAACGCUCAUCCAAGACUCAGAUUUCAGCGCUGGAGAAGAAGGCCCAUGACAACUGGUUGGCCGCUCGCGCAUCUGAACGAGCUCUGGUUGAGGAGAAACGCGAGUCAGCUGCUCUGCGUCAGAAGCUGAUGGUUAUUAACGAAAAGGUGGGGGAGCAGUACAGACACCUGCCCAAGCCCACCCCUGGUCGGCCCCACCCCCCAAUGCGGAGAGGUGACUCGUACGGGCCCUCUCCUGUAAGUGGAGGCGCCCCCUCCCCCCCUCUAAUGAUGGAGGGCCCAGGGCGGCCCCCCUCGGCACCUAUGGGGCGACGGAGCGAGCCCCUAGGACCACGACCUCCCUCUGACCCACACGGACGUUACCCUGACCUCGCCUACCCAGCACCUCCUCGACAUGACAUGUACGCUCCUCGCACCUCCUCUCCUGAUGGAUCGCAAACAGCCCCAGCUCCAGUAGAGGCUGAGGCUCAGGCCGAGGCUGAGGCCUCUCCAGAAGCCCCCGAGGCAAUGUCCAAAGCUCAGGGCCCAGGAUCUCUGCUCGUGUCCCCGAUCAGGGACUCCCCGGCUCCCACCAUGGCCCCCAAGGGCUACGGCCCACCUCCAGUCGGACAUCCCAUGGGACCCGGCCCUCCCAACGGCCUUCCUCAUCCCAUGAUGAGACCCAACGGACAUCCACCCUCCAUGGCCCCUGGACCAAUGCCUCUUGACCCACGCUUCGGACCACCUCUUCCUGUUUCAGACUCACGCUUCGGACCACCUGUUUACGGACCCCGACCUGGACCAAUGCCCGGCCACCCCUAUGGACCUCCACCACCCUUCAUGCGAGGCCCUCCUGCACCUCUGCGCGACUAUCCACCCAUGGGACCCUCUUACGGACCAGACUACUCUUACCCACCACGCCACCUGCCCCCCGGAGCCAUGCUGCCACCCCCUGGAGCCAUGCCACCUCCUCCACACGGCGAACUGGACUUCCGCGGACAUCACCCCGCCCACGGCCACGUUCCUCCUGAGAUCAGGAACAGCCAGGGAGACAUGCACUCGGGCACCGGUGCCAAAACGGACAGCCCCGCCCAGCACGCUCCCGGCCAGCAGGACAGCGCCACCCCGGAUCUCGACCCCUGACCGCCCAACCGACAACGAGCCAGCAGCCACUCGCUGCUGGAUUUACAGUCUAGUUGUUCUUCAACAACAAAAGACUUGAGCAUCCCAUAAAAAACCCAUACAAAAAUACUACACAUUAAAGCAUCCUUACAGGCAGAUCUAGCUCUGGUUUUGGAUUUGGGAAAUGUGCAACACUGGAUGAUGGCUAGUGUGGACAGCUACUUCAGUGUGGCCUACUGUGCAAUAACACAUUUCUAAAUGUAUGCCUAAGGUUUAUUUUGUUUUUGUUCUGAGAGUUUUAAAAACAUAGGAGACAGUGAACGUAAGUGAUUUUUCCUGUUUUUGUUUGUUUGUUUUUUCACAAAUAUCAUGGUUUCCUGUGGAAAUGCUUAGAUAUUACAGGGAAAAAAAGAGCCUAUUCAAUCCGGGCUGUACUUAAUGCAGUCUCCACUUUCCCCAGCCUCGAGCUAAGAGUGAAGAACUUAAGGUGACUUGUGUGUAGAUCUGGUGAUGGAAUGCAAGCUUUGAUGUGUCCCCUGGUAUGUAAGUUUUAUAAAGUGAUGCGAGGUACCACACACAAUCUGUUGUUAACAUUGUAUUAAUAACAGGCUAUUUAUGUCGAAAUUGAAUACAAACCGGCAUUUUUCUGCUCCAAUCAAAAUGCAAAUUCAAAACAAUAUACAUGUUUGCAUCUGCAAUGAUGGUUUUAAUGGCCAGCUUAUUUUUGUUUUAGAUUUUGUUGUGUUGAGAUUUUUUUUAAUGCUUCCGUCACUUCUUUUCGAAGAGAAAAGACCAACAUGCUGUCAUAUUGACAAAGUACCUGUAUAUUGCCUUGACUGUAGAUGUAUAUAAAAUUAUUCAAAUCACCUGUGCAAAAAAUACAAUUGCUCUAUUGUUCUCUUUCACAUAAUCUACAGAGAAAACCCAACUGCUUGUGUUAAUGCUUCAUCUAAUGUGCAGUUACUCUCAGGUACACAACAGCGUAAGAUUUGCUCAUAGUAAGCAGGCGUUAGUUUGACUAAUCUGCUAAUACCCAAGCAUUUCAGCAUGUGCGGUGUGUGGCGCUGUUCUAUAGAACAAACUUUUGUACAAUAAAUAGAACGUGUGGGGGCUCCAGUUGAUUCAUCAAGGCUAUCCUUGGCAAUUCAGGAAUAAGGGAAACUAAGAAUAAUGUAACUUUUUUUACCUUCAUUAUAAAUAAAGACUAAGUGGAACAUUUCAAAUG